GUCUAAUAUGAGGAGAACUGGCACUCGCGGGUUAGUUCCGGGUUUCCGGACUGGUUGCAGUAAUAAUCUUUGACCAUGCGGGGCGCUCGUAGGCGAGUCCAGAAUGAAUGGGAGCCAACGGGGUUUUAUCCUCAGAAUCCACUUUUCUCACGAUGUGUUCAAAAAAUGCGAUGACGUCACACUGUCAGAGGUACUGCUUUACGGCACUUCCUUUUCCCCGCAACGUGGAGCAUUGUGUCGUCAUUCUGUAUCAACAUCUUUCCUGUAAUCCAGCCUGUGGGUGGGUAAUCAAUACAGAGAGCCCAAACACAACCAUGGCGGAAAAUGGGGAGUCUGGAAAGCCUGUGGAGAGGAGAGGGAGAUUAACUGUGGUGCUGGUGUUGGCAACGCUGGUAUCUGCAUUUGGUUCAUCAUUCCAGUAUGGUUAUAAUGUGGCUGUGAUCAACUCUCCAUCACCGUUCAUGCAGCAGUUCUAUAACACCACCUACAUGGAGCGUUACGGCAGGCCGAUGGAGGGGAACUUCCUAACUCUGCUGUGGUCUCUCUCUGUGUCCAUGUACCCGCUAGGAGGCUUCUUUGGCUCCCUGAUGGUGGCCCCUCUGGUCAACAAACUAGGGAGGAAGGGCACCCUCCUCUUCAACAACAUAUUUUCCAUCGUACCUGCUAUAAUGAUGGGAGUCAGUGAGAUCGCCAAGUCCUAUGAGAUCAUCAUCGUGGCUAGGUUUAUAGUGGGCAUCUGUGCAGGUCUGUCAUCCAACGUGGUUCCCAUGUAUCUGGGAGAACUGGCUCCCAAAAACCUGAGGGGAGCCCUUGGUAUCAUCCCACAGCUCUUCAUCACUAUUGGCAUCCUCAGUGCACAAGUGCUGGGCAUCAGACACAUACUGGGCAACAGCACAGGUUGGACCCUCAUGCUGGGUUUGACCGGUAUCCCCGCCCUGGUAGAGCUGCUGCUGCUGCCCUUCUUCCCAGAGAGCCCCAGGUACAUGCUCAUCCAGAGAAGGGAUGAGAAGACAGCGAAGAAAGCGCUGCAGCGUCUGCGUGGCAGCGAAGACGUGGACGCAGAGCUUUCAGAGAUGCGUCUGGAGGACCAGUCGGAGAGGGCCGAGGGACACUUGUCUGUCCUCAGCCUGCUUUCACAGCGCUCCCUUCGCUGGCAGCUGGUCUCUAUCAUCGUCAUGAACAUGGGCCAACAGCUGUCGGGGGUCAACGCGAUCUACUACUAUGCAGAUAGCAUAUAUGCCACUGCAGGAGUCAACCAGAAUGAUAUCCAGUAUGUCACCGUGGGAACAGGUGCAGUGAAUGUCUUCAUGACCAUAGCUGCUGUCUUCAUCGUGGAGGCCUGGGGACGACGGCUGCUCCUCCUCUGUGGGUUUGGGAUCUGCUGUGUGGCCUGUGUGCUGCUCACUGUCGCACUCAACUUCCAGGAGAGCGUGACGUGGAUGCCCUACAUCAGCAUCACCUGUGUCAUCAUCUACGUCAUAGGACACGCCAUAGGACCCAGUCCCAUUCCUUAUGUGGUGACCACUGAGAUGUUCAGGCAGUCGGCCAGGCCCGCUGCCUUCAUGGUCGCAGGCUCCGUCCACUGGCUCUCCAACUUCACUGUUGGCCUCGCCUUCCCCUUCCUAGAGAGAGGUCUGGGCUCUUACAGCUUUAUCAUUUUCUCCUUCAUCUGUCUGGUCACGCUGAUCUACAUCUGGCUGGUGGUCCCGGAGACCAAGAACAAAACCUUCCUGGAGAUAUGCCAGAUGUUCGCCAAGAGGAACAGAGUCGAGAUCAAACUGGGUGAUGGGGAUCUGCCGCUGAAAGAGAGCAAAGAAAGCCUGGAGGAAGUAGCGAAGGUCACGGCCUUCUGAAGAAAAAUGAGACGAUUCAGAGGAGAGGAAGUCUUCACUAUGGGGAGGAUUGUGAUGGACUGGAAAUGUCUUAAUUUAGCCUCUUUUUUUCUAUUUCACAAGGAAUCUUACAUAAUCGCUUUGUCUGUGUGGCUAUAAGAUCUUUAAGAUAUUGAAACUGCAUGCAGCCUUAUAGAGGUGUGAAUGGGUCCUUGAGUCAUUAAACAAACCAACAAGUCA